CACCACUUUCUCUAGGGACCGUAGGCCUUUCCAGACCCAGCUUCUCUGGGUCCCCUCUGCAUCGGCACCCCUUUUCUGAAUGUCAGGCCUUCUUUAGGGACCUGGGCCUCUUUUCUCCUAAACUUUACUUCCUCAGCAAACAGACAUCCACAGCUCCUGCCCUCCCUCCCAGGCUUCUCUGGCCUCAUGUGCUCUUGGCCUGGCUGGGCCUCCUAGGCCGGUCCACCCUCUGACCUGCUGCCUAUCCCACAUAUGGAGAACCCAGGAUUGGUGCUGCAUGGGCAGAAUGCACCCUUUUCCACAGCACUUCGAAGCCUUGUCAACAACCCCCUGUACAGUGAUGUUUGCUUUGUGGUUGGUCAAGAACGCCAAGAGGUAUUUGCCCACCGGUGCUUGUUGGCUUGUAGAUGCAACUACUUCCAGAGACUUCUGGGCCCCGGGGUGCCUAGUCCCGUGGUGCUGAGCACUGUGCCGGCGGAGGCCUUCUUAGCCGUGCUGGAGUUCCUGUACACCAACAGCGUCAAGCUGCACCGACACUCUGUGCUGGAGGUGCUGACAGCAGCUGUGGAAUACGGACUGGAGGAACUCAGAGAGCUAUGCCUGGAGUUUGUGGUGAAGGUGCUGGAUGUGGAGCUGGUUUGUGAGGCUCUGCAGGCUGCUGUAACCUUUGGCCUGGGGCCACUGCAGGAGCGGUGCAUAGCCUUCAUAGAGACUCACAGCCAGGAGGCGCUCCGCACCCGGGGCUUCCUGGAACUGUCCGCCACCGCCCUGCUGCCCGUGUUACGCAGUGACAAGCUCUGCGUGGACGAGGCUGAGCUGGUCCAGGCAGCCCGAAGCUGGGCGCGCGUGGGCGCCGCUGUGUUGGAGCAACCGGUGGCCGAGGUGGCGGCUCCAGUGGUUCGAGAGCUGAGGCUGGCUUUGCUGGCCCCGGCGGAGCUAAGCGCACUGGAAGAGGAGAACCGGCGGGAGCCGCUCAUCCCGGUUGAGCAAAUUGUGGAGGCAUGGAAGUGCCACGCUCUACGGAGAGGGGAUGCGGCCCGAGGCGCACCAUGCCGCCGGCGGAGGGGCACCGUGCCCCGGGAUCACCACCGCUUUCUCGACCUUCGUUUCAAAUGACCCACUUCCGGACUUUCCUCGGAUUUUGACCACGCCCCCAAAACAAACUACAACUCCCGAGGUGCUCUGCGCUGGAGGCGGGCUUCCGCUUCCAGCAAGCCUAGCGGGCCGGAUGCCGGAAGAGUCAGGCUCCGCUGAGAAUUAGAGGCGGGACAGUGGGCCUACGGUUGGGGCUGGACGUCCCGGAACCGGAAGCGAGGGUGGCCUUUGUUUCAGGAGCUCGCUCGGCCUCAGCCGGUCGCUCCUCUGGAGCUUCCUGGCUCCAGUCUCACUGCAGUUUCGAGCCUCUCACCUUCUCGGCCCCGGAAAUUAGCGUUUCUCGUUUCUGCGGGACAGGAACCAGGACCUCAUUCUUGCCUACUUCAUGCUUUUUCUCCCUUUUUUGGUGUUUUUCUCUGUGUAGCCUUGGCUGUCCUGGACUAGCCUUGUAGACCAGGCUGGCCUUGAACUCACGGAGAUCCGUCUGUCUCUGCCUCCCAGAGUGCUGGAACUAUAGGCGUGUUCCACGGCGCCCGGCUUCUUUUUCUCCCUUCUAAUACUACUUUUGAGCAGGUUUAGUCUGCAGCCUAUCUUCUGACACGUUUUGGGGUCGUUUCUCCCAUCACCCCAGCCAGUGCCCCUCACUCUUUUUCAAAUCAGUGCACAAUACAUCGCUGUGAUUGUCAA